AGACCGCAGAUGGAAAGAUGGCUGCGUUUCGCUGUCGGCGAGACCCGUGCGGCUUUAUUUGUCUCAUUUUAACUUAUUUCAGCGUCUUUUACGCCGACUAUGUUGUGAUUCAGUAUGUCCUGAUCCCCGCGUAUUCUGGAAGUGUAUGGUGCACUCUCCAUGGAUCUGUGUUUAAUAUUAUUCUAUUGCUAUUGCUGGCUUGCCAUUCAAAAGCAGUGUUCUCUGAUCCUGGUAUGGUUCCUCUAUCUGAGACAGACAUUGAUUUCUCUGACUUGAGGUCCCAGACCAACCGUCUAAAUGACAGAGUGAGUGUUGCUGAUCUGUCUGCUCCUGUAAUGGGCUGUGAGGGCUGGACAGUGUGCAGUCGCUGUGAGACGUAUCGGCCUCCUCGUGCCCAUCACUGCAGAGUUUGUCAGCGCUGCAUCAGGAGAAUGGACCAUCACUGCCCGUGGAUCAAUAACUGUGUUGGAGAGCUCAAUCAGAAAUACUUCAUUCAGUUCCUCUUCUACACAGGCAUGGCCAGCUUGUAUUCCAUGGCGCUGGUGGUGUCAGCAUGGGUGUGGAGAAUAAGGAGUGAAAUAGAGGGAGAUGGAGAUGAAGAAGAAGAAGCUCCCAGCAAACAUCUCAUUGUGGCACAUUAUAUCAUUCUGCUGGUGGAGUCAAUACUUUUUGGAGUUUUUGUCUUGGUGAUAUUUUAUGAUCAGCUGGUGUCCAUUAUAACAGAUGAGACGCCCAUUGAACAGACGAGGAACAGACUAAUGAAAGACAAACCCAACAACACCUACCCGACACACAUUACACACAAAAGAAAGCCAAAAAUGGCUUUGCUGAGGGAGGUUUUUGGACGUGGUUCUAUAAUAUGUUGGUUGUUCCCGCUCCAUUCCUCCCCUCCUUCUGUUGGCGGCAUCAGUUAUUCAGCACUUCCUGAUUACGAUGUGUAACACUAACCAGUUUUUCAUCAGUUCAUUUGAAUGUUUCAUCAGUAUCGCAUCGUGUUUAGAACACUGAAUAUUACGUUACUAAGGUGCAAAUUUCAGCUAUGAUGAAGGAAAAGGGCUGCUGUGUGAGAGUUUUUGUAUACUGACUUCUGCUUACUGUUUCUCACACAGUCUUGUAACUAGGGCUGGGUAUCGUUCAAACAUUAUCAAUACCGAUACCUUGACUUCGAUA